AUGUGGUCUGUGUGCCUGGACUCCACACAGUCUCUCCUCCUGUUGCUGCUACUAGCCCAGCUGCUUGUCCUUUCCUGGUCACGCCCCACCCCAAAGUGCCCCCUCUGUGCCCAUCUGACAGUGAUGGUCCAGCAAAUGAGAAGCCUGCAGAUGCUGACAAGGAAUCUACAGAGUGAAAGUGAGUUCAGCGGUAUGGAGCUUACAGAGUACAAUCUAGACUCUCUUCCCGAGAUGGAGCACACGGCAAAUCACCUCAGUUCACUAAAGCUAAACGACUCCCUCUCACAACUUUACACGGAUCUCUUCUCCUUUAAACUGCAUGUUGACUGGAUGAUUGAUGCCCGAGUCAAUAUGAGCUUGCCAGUCUCUCCCAAGACACGAGAGGUCGCUAAAGGCCUGCAUAAUCUCUCAAGCUUCUGUUCUACUGCACUACAGCAGAUCGCGUGCACACUACCCCAGAUUUCCACCCCCUCCUUCCCAACACAACUCAAAGCCUGGGAUGUGGCCCUCCUCUCCUACGAGAUUCCUGAGCGGUUACGAUUCUACUGUCAAUGGUCAACCAGAGUGUUGCUCCUCCUUAGGUCAAAGGUUCAGCGCCUUUGACAUAAAGUUUCCCGCCAUCUAAGUUCCUACUCUGUGCAACAACAAAUGACUUCCUCGAAAGCAGUGCUAUCUUAUUCAAUUUAACUCAAGGUUUUUAGCCACAGUAAGUACGCUUACUUACUGUGAUUGCGAAUUGUGUUCAACUUGAGUGUUUAAGAUUCAGCUUACUGUAGCGUCAUUCUUUCAAACAUAAUGCAC